AUGAACUCGGCUUUAGAGCGCUCUGGUACUUUAAAGAACCGCCUUUCGGUUUUGCGACAUCGUCAGAGUACAUCUACCCUCUAUACCAUAGAUUUAGAUAGUGGAACGGAAUUUGAGGAUGAUUUUUACAAGCUGGAUCGCGAGUUACAAGAACUCAAGCAGAAAAUCUCUAUACAGUCCAAGCGAAACUUCGUUCUUGAAAAAGAUGUUCGCUUUUUAGACUCUAGAAUCGCCUUAUUGAUUCAGAACCGUAUGGCCCAAGAAGAACAAAACGAGUUUGCAAAGCGUCUGAGCGGUUCUUACAACGAAGUGAGGGGUGACUUUCCCGAUGAUCAAAAGAUUCAAUUGUACGGAUCCCUAUUCUUUCUUCUUCAGUCAGAGCCUUCAUACGUUGCUAGUUUAGUUCGUCGUGUCAAACUAUCUAAUAUGGAUGCUCUUCUGCAAAUAGUCAUGUUUAAUAUUUACGGAAAUCAAUAUGAAAGCAGAGAGGAACAUCUUCUCCUUUCCUUAUUUCAAAUGGUUCUUACUAGCGAAUUUGAGGCUACUUCAGAUGUCACGUCCUUACUCCGUGCAAAUACUCCUGUCUCUCGAAUGAUGACAACUUAUACCCGUCGAGGUCCCGGUCAAGCAUAUCUACGAAGUAUAUUAUACCAGAUUAUUAACGAGGUUGCUGCUGACGAUUCAAAGUCAUUACAGAUCAAUCCGCUUCAAGUUUAUCAACAGCUUGUCGAUAAUGCAACCUUACCUGUCGAUGAUGUUACUGGGUUGACUACGGAGGAGAUCGCUGAUAUACCCAUAAUUAAAGACACAAUCACUGAACGUUCGUCCGAGUUGAUACAGAUAACUCAAAAAUUCCUCCAAUCUAUCUUAAGAAGCUUGGACGUGGUUCCCUACGGUAUUCGUUGGAUCUGCAAAUUGAUUCGGUCUUUAAUUAAUCGCUUUUUUCCCAAGGUACCAGAUAGUACUAUUUGUUCCUUGAUUGGCGGUUUCUUUUUUCUGCGUUUCAUAAAUCCAGCUAUUAUUUCCCCUCAAACCUCCAUGCUGUUGGAAAGUAAUCCGUCAGACAAUGUUCGAAAAACUCUGGCUGCAAUCGCAAAGAUCAUUCAGAGUGUAGCUAAUGGGACAAGUGCCUCUAAAAGUCAGUCACCAAUGUUUGAGCCUUUUUUGAGAUCAUAUGAGAGUAAAGUCCUUAAUUUUCUCCAAAAGUUAGGUGAUGUUGAUGACUUUUACGACGCUCUCGAGUUGGAUCAGUACGUUGCCUUGUCUAAAAAGAGCCUGAAUCUUGAAAUAACGGUUAACGAAAUUUACUUGACUCAUAAAAUAAUACUGGAGAAUUUACCAUAUAUACCUGAUCCAAAUUCGCACAUUCAUACCUUGAUGGACGAGCUUGGUGAGGCUCGCGAACCAGUUCCUCAAUUUGAUAAUUGGCUGGUGUCUAUUCAGUUAUAUAAUAGAUGGGAAUCUUCAAUCCCAGAUUUAUCAAGGAAAUUGAAGGUCACGCGUGAAGACAUCUUGUUUGAUGAUGCUAAAACAUUAUUUUUGCAAUUACUUCGACUUUUCCCUAAUGGUCACCCUGUAACAAAAUUACCCUUGCAACUUCGGAAAAUAGCUGAUGCAGUAUCUAACUUUAGAAAUAGUUCUUUGAUAAGAAAGGGUUUAAAAGCAAUUCAACUUUUGGAACGAUUGUCAGAUUUGGGUCUUGUCUACAAGGAGAAUAAUUAUGAACCUUUAGCUUCCGAGGUUGAAAAGGAGUAUCUCAGUUUUGAUAAAAUUAUUCGAAGAAUACAGGUUGAACGAGAUGCACUAAAGGACGUUCAUAAAGCUAUAUGCGACCACAAUGAAUAUUUACGAAUGCAAUUGGAGAUCUAUGCUAGCUAUUUGGCCAAUGCCAGAUACCAAAUGUCUGGGUCUAAUGGUGAAUCCAAAAAGCUAGCUCGCGGUGUCGGCGUAAUUGGGAUCAAACCGAAACACAACAAGACCAAUGAAGUCGUCCGAUUUUCGGCACUUCAAAUGAAAAAAGAGCUAAUUUUAUUGGAUUUUUCAUUCACAAAUGCAGAUCCAGCGAAUGUCUAUUUUACGUUUUCUAGGUUGCAAGACGGAAACUUUCAAAUUUCCAUAUACGAAGGCGGUUAUCCACGACCUUUAAUUGAUUUGCAAGUUACUUUAGAACAUGUGAGUCAAAAGAGAUAUGCUGAUAAUUCUGUUUUGGACAUAAAAAGCGUUAAGUUUGAAGCCAAUAAGCUUUAUCAUCUUCUUGAACAGGUAUUUUUGAGACGAUAA